GCGCAGCGGCGGCGGCGGCGGCGGGCGAGGGUGACCGGCCGAGCGGCGGCGGCAUGGAGUAGACGCGCAGCGGCGGCGGCGGCGGACGCGAGAGGCAGCGGCGAGCGCGGCGGCGGCGGCGGCGGCCCCGGAGCCGGCGGGGCCGAGCCUGCGAACGGCGAGCGCGGAGCGGCGCCGGGCCGAGCGCGGGGCCGCGGGCCGGGCGGGCGCCGCGCGGCGGAGGCCGGAGUAGCCGAGCCGGAGCCCGAGCGCGGCCACCGCCUGCCGGGCCUCCCCUCGCCGCGGCCGGCCGCCGCGCUCUCGCCCGGGCGCCCAGCUAUGUACUCCCCGUACUGCCUCACCCAGGAUGAGUUCCACCCGUUCAUCGAGGCGCUGCUGCCUCACGUCCGCGCCUUCUCCUACACCUGGUUCAACCUGCAGGCGCGGAAGCGCAAGUACUUCAAAAAGCACGAGAAGCGGAUGUCGAAGGACGAGGAGCGAGCGGUGAAGGACGAGCUGCUGGGCGAGAAGCCCGAGAUCAAGCAGAAGUGGGCAUCCCGGCUGCUGGCCAAGCUGCGCAAAGACAUCCGGCCCGAGUUCCGGGAGGACUUUGUGCUGACCAUCACAGGCAAGAAGCCCCCCUGCUGCGUGCUCUCCAACCCCGACCAGAAGGGCAAGAUCCGGCGGAUUGACUGCCUGCGCCAGGCCGACAAGGUGUGGCGGCUGGACCUGGUCAUGGUGAUUUUGUUUAAGGGGAUCCCUCUGGAAAGUACUGAUGGGGAGCGACUCUACAAGUCGCCCCAGUGCUCGAACCCCGGCCUGUGCGUCCAGCCACAUCACAUUGGAGUCACAAUCAAAGAACUGGAUCUUUAUCUGGCUUACUUUGUCCACACUCCGGAAUCCGGACAAUCAGAUAGUUCAAACCAGCAAGGAGAUGCGGACAUCAAACCACUGCCCAAUGGGCACUUAAGUUUCCAGGACUGUUUUGUGACUUCCGGGGUCUGGAAUGUGACGGAGCUGGUCAGAGUAUCACAGACUCCUGUUGCAACAGCAUCAGGGCCCAACUUUUCGCUGGCGGACCUGGAGAGUCCCAACUACUACAACAUAAACCAGGUGACCCUGGGGCGGCGGUCCAUCACCUCCCCUCCUUCCACCAGCACCACCAAGCGCCCCAAGUCCAUCGAUGACAGCGAGAUGGAGAGCCCUGUUGACGAUGUCUUCUAUCCGGGGACAGGCCGCUCCCCAGCGGCUGGCAGCAGCCAGUCCAGCGGGUGGCCCAACGAUGUGGAUGCAGGCCCGGCUUCUCUAAAGAAGUCAGGAAAGCUGGACUUCUGCAGUGCCCUCUCCUCUCAGGGCAGCUCCCCGCGCAUGGCUUUCACUCACCACCCGCUGCCUGUGCUUGCUGGAGUCAGACCAGGGAGCCCUCGGGCCACGGCGUCAGCGUUGCACUUCCCCUCCACAUCCAUCAUCCAGCAGUCGAGCCCAUACUUCACGCACCCGACCAUCCGCUACCACCACCACCACGGGCAGGACUCGCUGAAGGAGUUCGUGCAGUUUGUGUGCUCAGAUGGCUCAGGCCAGGCCACCGGACAGCCCAACGGUAGCGGCCAGGGCAAAGUCCCGGGGUCAUUUUUGCUACCGCCGCCGCCUCCAGUGGCCAGACCUGUGCCCCUUCCUAUGCCUGAUUCCAAAUCCACCAGCACUGCCCCAGACGGCGCCGCCUUGACUCCUCCAUCACCUUCAUUCGCAACGACAGGCGCCUCCUCUGCCAACCGGUUUGUCAGCAUCGGACCCCGGGACGGCAACUUUCUGAACAUCCCACAGCAGUCUCAGUCCUGGUUCCUCUGAUAAGAUCGACAAAAGAAAUGACAAAAUGAAAAGAAGAGGUUCCUCAAACGGGGGGAGAAGAAAUUUUGAGACGUGGAAAAAAAUCCCCCAGCCCAGCCCCACCGAAAAGCAAAAAUUAGACGUCGUCAGCCACUCAGCCCUUCUCUCCUCCAGCCCAGGGACCCCUGCAGGCCCCCCCGAAGCAGCCCAGUUCUCUGAGAGCCCUCGGAAGAGGUCUCAGUAGAGCUGUGCACCAGCAGCCAAGCAGAAAGGAACAUGCAAAACGGACUCUGCGAAGCAGAGGACAGAAAGAAAGAAAGGAUGCAGCAGAACUUCCUUCCUCCCCCAUCCCGUCCUGGCCUUCUGGGGAAAGGAACGAAAUCCCCAAACAAAGCAACCAGCACCGUUCUGAAGGGGCCUGUCCCCCACCCUUGCCCUUCCUAGGAGAACCCCACCCUCGGCUGGGGCCAGAGCUUCACUAGGGAGAUCAGAGGACUAGCUUGUAAAGAUGAAGGGUGCAGAUCCAGAGGGGACUCCCCUCCAGACCCUGCCCUGCCUUCCCUCACUGCCUUGCCUCUGGCUUCUUCCGCCAUCUGCUCUGGACCGGGUGAGGCAGGGUGGCCUCCGAAUCUCCCUGCCCCACCCUUGGGCUAGAAGCCCCACCCCCCUGUGGGCAGGGGGCAUCCCCUGGAGCUGGUUUCAUGCUCCCGGAAUGGGGGGUGUUCUGUCACCCCACCCUGAGCCGUAGGGGUAGUUCCCCUGGACCCCGGACCCCUCUGUACAGUCCAUAGGAAAAAGUCAGAAUGCUCUCAAAGGUCCGGUCCCAGCACGGGACAGGCCCCUCUUCCCUCCCUCCACAGGCAGGCCGGGAAGGUUGCUCCUGCCACGGCCCAAGUGAGGGGAGAUGGGCCCCAGGUCACCCCCACACCCCAGCCCGCAUGCAGGUGCCCUUGUGCCACCCCAUCGGUCCCUGCCCCUGCCCCUCACGCAGACAGCCCUGCUGUGGUCGGGCCGGAGAGUGGAGGCGAAGGGGACCUGGAGCCGCGCGAGGAGGAAGGGCAGCCGCCGCCACUGCCCUCGGCUAGAGCCGCCACCUGCGCUAGGUAGGCGUCCUGCUGGCCCACUUUCAGUUCCUUUGGAGGGUGUUGGGUGUUGUCCUUUUUCAAAUGUGUUUUGGAGCUUUCUCUGUACCCCCCCCAACUUUCCCCACCACACCACCCCCGUGGCCACUUCUCUGGAUUUCAGCUGUAAUGUCUUUACUCUUUAUUUCGGGGUGGGGCAUUAAUUGUUCGGGUCUUCUGCUGUUGCAAUUGGGAACUCCUCCUCCAGUUGAGCAACUUGGGAACAAUUUGGUUACACACCACAGGAAGUAGCUCCCCCCUCCACUGAAGCCCCCCCUCCCCCAAGGGAAGAUUGGGGGGGGCCUGUCCAGAGGGUCUUCAGAAGCCCCCCUGGGAGGGAGGGGAGCAGGAGCACGCCCAGCCUAGAUCCAGGGUGUGACUUGGCCCCUCUGGCUUGUCUUUCUGUGCCUUACUCCCUCCUCCCUGCAUCUACCCUCCUGGGACCCCUUCUAAGUCCUUGUGCCUCUCUCUCUCUUUCUCUCUUUCUUAACUGUAUGAAAACACAAAGCACAGGUCAGGAUCCUCCGAAAGUCAGUCAACCCCAACAUUGCACCGCAGGGGUGGGUUAUGGGUUUUAUUUAUUGUGAAUCUAGUGUGUGAGGCUGCCGCGGAGCAGGCCGAGAGGAAGGAGGGGAGGAGAAGAGGGCCCUCACCUGGGGCCGCGGGUGCCAGCUGGUGGCGCCUCCUCCCCAGCGGGAUGCCGCAAGGUAGCUGGCCCUCGGGGUAGCUUUUGUUGGAAGUUGAACGAAGGCCCUCCCCCAUCCGCUUACAGCCCUGGGGAGGACGGAGGCUGAGAAGUUGGGGACAAGGGAUCCCGCGGGAGCCUGGGGGGGGCAU